AUGGCACCAGCCUCACUGCCGGAGAACAAAGCCUUGCUACCAAACAGCAACACCAAAAGAGGGUCUGGCACAGCGAAUGACCCGAAAGCUGCUCAAGGAGCAAGCGAUCAGCGCAGAGACAAGCGAAUCUUUAUAAACCGCACUCUUAUAUGCAUCGUUGUACCCCCUGCAAUUCUAGCAUACUUCAUAUGGACGUAUCUGACGUGGCUACGACCCGGAAGCAACGUCGCACUUGGUACAAGCGGAGUCGUUCCCAAUGCCCAAUAUGUUUGGUGGUCUUGGUUCGUCAUUGGUACCUUUGGGCUGAACAUCUCCAACUACUGCCUUGCAGGGCUGGAACCAGCCUUGUUGGAUGCAUACUUUGCGAGAGCUAAUGCCAACAACGAGAAAUUGAUUUACCACCUCGACAAGUCAUGGAGUACGAUCGUUGCUUGGAAGAUCGUCGUAAGGUGUCUCUGGGAUGCACUUGCAAACUGCAAGUGGCUUCGAGGGACCCCAGCAAGCUCAGAAACCCCAGCAAAGAGCAAGAAGCCGAUGCCAAGUAGGGUGUGGGUGAUAUUGUUCUGUCUCAGCGUCCUGUCCUGGACGUUUGUGUUGUCCGGUUUGGCCAUGAGCGUGACGACGGAGUUUGUUCGAGGCCAAAGUGCAAAUGCCCGAGUUCUCGGAGUCAAUGAAACAACCAUGAACACUCGGAACCCACCAACGGUAUUGGAUGCGGCGUAUCAAGGUUGGCGGUACGGGACUCCGGCGCAGAUCCCGAGUUGGGGAUCCCUCUACACCGAGUCGGGAAGCACACUCCUGACCAAUUCAUCCACACCCAAUACGCUCCCUGCGGAUGCCAGCCAGGGAAUUUUCCUGGCCCCGCAAGCUGCAAUGCCUGUUGUGGGCUCGGCCUGGGGUCUGCUACUCAAGUAUAGUUGCACCCCUGUCUACCACAUGGACGAGUUCAGCAUCUUAAACUAUCGGAUCAAUUCGACCAGCCCACGCUAUGUGACUAACUACACCGCCGUGCCUGCUGAUUUCGAGUUUAUGAAUUUCGGCAAUGACACGGCCGGGUUGUACUACGCCAAUGCCCUGGGGAAUGCUAAUUUCUACUAUGACCUGGACAUACUGUUUGGACCGUGGGCCGCCAGCCCUUCGAUCAACGUGUUGAGCCAAUUACCGACGUACGGCGGUGAUGGCACAAGUUUGAAUGCACUCGGCUUUGCAGAAAUUGGCCUCAUCCGAGGCAUCGAAGACCUCGAAGACCUCAGUCCCAGUGCAGGCGUCGGCUACAGCCUGUACCCAUUUCCGGACCAGGAUGGGAACCUUCAGCCGAGUUACAAUGGAUUGGAGGACGUGGACUUCUUGGAGAUCCUUCUGUGGCAGGGUGCAUAUGACAACAAAAUUUCCAAAUGCAAGUCCUCCUCGGUGGCCGGCCGUGCUGACAUCAAUGGGCUUACUGGCACAUUCAGCGACUUUAGUCGUGCCGACUCGAAGGCUUCUUACUUGGUCGACGUCCCUCGACUCGGCAUUGGAAUGCCGGCCAUGCUUCUCCCGGGCAUCAGAAGCAAUGCUUCAUAUGACAUAUACAAUUUUUCCUCUCUCACAACACCACUGCCAGUGGAAUACUACCCUGGGGGGCAAGAGUACAAACUGAUGGGGACCGAUAUCGAGUGGUUAGAGCCAUUGUUUACGGCAGCGGACACGCCUGUUGAAUUGAACCUCACAGGUUUUGUCACGUACACGAGACUGAUGCAGCGUGCCGAUCUCCAGCGUGCGCUUGAGGAGGCAUACAAGCACUAUGCGCUGGCGCUCAUGUUCUACGGCCAGGAAAACACGGUGGAUGAAUGGCCCAACCCCACGCUGAAUCCAACGGUGAAGCGGCCCAUUCUUGUCGACGGCGGAGGUGUUCCUCCACUGCUCGUUCUUGUACUUUUUUCUAUCUGGGCGUCCGGCUGCCUGGUUCUGGGGCUUGCCUACGGUCUUCGGAAAAGGCACAGCGCCACUUUUGACACGCUUGCCUUUUAUCAUCAGUUUCGCGAGCUCCGAAAAGCUGACCGUGAGCACAUCUUGGGGCUGUCGUCUUGA